AUGGCCAAAGAGGCACGAGGCUUUGUUCGCAUCUUCAACUUCAGUUCUUUUAUGAACAGAUCCUACCUGAACUACGAUGCUCGCAUUAUGUCAGAUGUGUUUGAUAACAUGGGAUACAUGUGUAAAACGCACUCGUCACUCACGGCUCAGCGAACCAAGGAAGUCCUGAAGAAUAUUAGGGAUGCAGAUGUGUUAAAGGGCGUCGGAUGUGCUAUAUUUGUCAUAUCUGGCUAUGGUGCUCAGAAACGAUCCCAAACUUUUGACCUUCAUCUUAUACACAACACGAGUGAAGUCACCACGAACUCAGCCAACCAAACUCCGAAAACGCUGAGACUGGCAGAUCCUCUCAACGACAUGGCUUAUAUACCUUCCAACAACAAUGGUCUCAAUUGCGUCCCGAAUGGGAAAGGAACUUCCUUCAACUGGUGUUUGUGUCGCACGCUGGCAGACCAUGCUGCUGAUCAGGAACUUGGUGAUCUCUACAGAUAA